GGGACGUCACGUUCGGUUGCGGAGCUGAAACCGGUAACCGAGCACUCUAGCACGUUGCGAAGCCGCCGAGGUGAUUCAAAGAAAUCACUCCGUUUUUCUGAAUCCACGAUUUAUUUUUGAUAGUCGACCCGCAGAGAUUUCCAGCUGACCAAAGAAAUGGUGAUGGAGAAGCCAAGUGCCCAGCUGGUCGGGCGAGAGUUUGUCCGACAGUAUUACACGCUGCUGAACCAGGCCCCCGACUACCUGCACAGGUUCUACGGAAAGAACUCGUCCUACGUGCACGGCGGCCUGGACAACAACGGCAAACCGGUGGAGGCUGUUUAUGGACAAUCUGAGAUCCACAAACGGGUGAUGGCUCUGAGUUUCCGCGACUGUCACACCAAGAUCCGGCACGUGGACGCCCACGCCACCCUGACGGAGGGCGUGGUGGUGCAGGUGAUGGGCGAGCUGUCCAACAACAUGCAGCCCAUGAGGAAGUUCAUGCAGACCUUCGUGCUGGCGCCCGAGGGUACCGUCGCAAACAAAUUCUACGUCCACAACGACGUGUUCCGCUACCAGGACGAGGUGUUCGGGGACUCCGAUUCGGAGCCUCCAGAAGAGUCCGAGGACGAGGUGGAGGAGAUCGAGGAGAGGGUCCCCUCCCCUGACGUCGCUCCGGAGGAGUCCGCCUCCUUCUACGCCCCGACGGCCUGUUCAGAGCCGACGGUUCCCGGUGACGAGGAGGAGGAGGAGGAGGACGACGAGGAAGAGGAGGAGGCUGCGAGUCCGGAGCCCGAGGUGGAAGUGCAGAAGGAGGUCGUGGAGCUGAAGCCGGAGACGGCGACGAAAACGGAGACGCAGGCGGACACGAACGCGUCCGACGACCAGAAGGAGAAAAGCGCCGCCGCCACGCCCGCCGCAGAACCCGCCUCCACGCCCGCCGCAGAACCCGCCGCCGCCGCUCCAGAAGAAAACCGGCCGUUCUCCUGGGCGUCCGUCACCAGUAAGAACCUCCCUCCCAGCGGGGCCGUCCCGGUCUCGGGAAUCCCCCCACACGUCGUCAAAGCCGCUCCCGCAGCACCGCCCAGAGCCGAGGUGAAGUCUGAGUCCCAGACAGCAACACAGAGACCACAGAGGGACCAGAGGCCGAGGGAACAGAGGCCUGGAGGUCCUCCGCCGGUUCACAGAGGACCCAGACCAGUUCGGGAGGGAGAGCAGGGCGAGACCGAGGGUCGCCGGGUGGUCCGGUACCCCGACGCCCAGCAGCUCUUUGUGGGGAACGUCCCUCACGACGUGGACAAGACGGAGCUCAAGGAGUUCUUUGAGCAGUACGGCACGGUCCUGGAGCUGAGGAUCAACAGCGGAGGGAAGCUGCCCAACUUUGGGUUUGUGGUGUUUGACGACUCUGAACCGGUCCAGAAGAUCCUCAGCAACCGGCCCAUCAAGUUCAGAGGAGACGUCCGGCUGAACGUGGAGGAGAAGAAGACCCGGUCGGCCCGGGAGGGCGACAGGCGGGACAUCCGGCCCCGUGGUCCAGGGGGUCCCGGUGGGCCAAGAGAGCGGAUAGGAGGCGGAGGAGGAGGAGGAGGAGGAAGAGGAGGAGGAGGAGGAGGUGGUGGACCCCGAGACCCCCCCACCCGCGGAGGCAUGGCACAGAAACCCAGCUUCGGAUCCGGGCGAGGCGCAGGGCCGAGCGAGGGCCGCUACCCGGCCCAGCAGCGCCAGUGAGGAAAACCAGUCAAACACGAGUUAGAUUAACGAUUUGGAUUCAAACCGAGUGCGUUUUAUUUCUUUCUUUUUUCUUUUUCUUUUUUUUUUUUAAUCGCAGCAGGAACCGAUUUAGACGUAAAAUAAAACUAAACUCUUCUCCACGCUGCUGCGUUGGGAGAGGGAGCGAGGAGGAACCCACGGCUUCCUCCUCGCUCCCUCGCUCCUCGACGUGAGCGUUUUUCAAGCGUUUCGCCGGUUUGGUUGAAAGUCUCUACGAUGCGUCUCAUGAAGAUGGCCGCCUCCUCCUUCACCUGCUGGUUUUAGUUUCCCUCUGAGGAAUCCAGAAUGUCACUCUUUUUAAAUAUUAUUAUAUAUUUUGUUUUUUAACCCCCAUCUCCUCCACCAACACGUGUAUUAUCUGGACUUUUUUUUUUUUUUUUUUUUCUAUUUUAUUUUAAUUUUUUCACACUGAAUUUAUUAAACAAAAAUCAAAACACGCAAACACAUGAGAAGAAAGGAAGAAAAAAAAGGGGGCGGGGGGGGGGUUUAAAUACUACUUGAAUUGGGGAUUAAAAAAACCCAGAGGUUUAGUUUAUUUGUUUUUUUCCGCGUUCUCUCUCCCUGUUUCUUAAAGGAACGUGUACUUUACUGCUUGGGCAAUCCUGUGUAUUGCUGCCACCGUUGUAUCCGGCGAUGGGUCCGUCUUAUCUUUUUAUUCUACCGGGUCGAGAGCUGAACUGUAGUGGUUUUUAUUUUGAGUAAUGUUGGCUUGUUUAACGUGUUGGAAUCAUGUCGGGCUUCUGCUACCAACGCACUUCAUCCGUCAUCAUGUUUCAAGGAAUGAGCUCGCCUGCCGAUGAGAGAACUAAAUUAAAAGUGAUUUACUGUUUUAAA